CACAGCUUGACCUUUUACCUUGCAAGUUGCAAGCACUCACUGUCUUCCUUGGUCCUCGUUCUGCUCAUUCUCAAGUUCUCAAUUCUUUCUCUUUCUCUUUCUCUUUCUCCGCCACCGGCAACCACCGUCAACCACCGCUUCCGCCGUCGCAGGCACUGCUACGUUGCUCCCCUGCGCCCUCGGCGUAGCAAUGUCCCCUGCAAGAUCACCUUCAUUUUCUCGCCAGAGUCACCACCAUUUAACGCUCUUGAUUUUCUCAGUUUCGCUCGUACUUCUACUUCAACCUCCGUCGUCACUCGCCAUUCGACCCGAUGAGUCGGAUCGGAUCGAACUGGUUGCCAACUCGACCGAGUCCAAUGGUACGCUCUCGAAACCCAGGGAAGGAAGCUUCGCGGAAAUGAUCGAUCGAGCUCUCGAGCACGAGUUCACCGAGAACGACCAGAACGAAGUGCCUGAUGCGGGGAGCUUCAACAACAGUGUGGCAGAGCAACAGGCUGUACUCGAAACUGUGGCCAGGGUCAAGCCAAAGAAGAACGAGACAAAGGAUGAAAAGUCAUUUCAACUCCAUCAUGUAUUUAAUUUGGAUAAUGAUAAUAGAGCUGAAGAUACCCCAAUGUUGAUAGACCGAAAGGAUAAUGUUUUCAUAAUAUCUAACUUUAAAUCCAAGUAUCCAGUGCUCCAGCUAGAUUUGCGAUUGAUUUCAGACCUAGUGGUCGCUAUAGUUUCGGCAACUUGUGGUGGCGUUGCAUUUGCUUUUGCUGGACAACCGGUUAUUACUGGAUAUCUUCUGGCUGGCUCCAUAGUUGGACCUGGUGGCUUUAACUUCAUUAGUGAAAUGGUGCAGGUGGAAACAGUGGCUCAAUUUGGUGUAAUAUUUCUUCUGUUUGCAUUGGGCCUGGAGUUCUCGGCAGCUAAGCUUCGUGUUGUUCGAGCAGUUGCUGUUCUAGGAGGGCUACUUCAAAUUUUUCUAUUUAUGUGCAUGUGUGGGCUUACUGUAUCGUUAUGUGGUGGUAAAGCCUCAGAAGGAGUUUUUGUUGGUGCUUUCCUUUCUAUGUCUUCAACAGCAGUGGUCUUGAAGUUUUUGAUGGACAAGAACACUACUAAUGCCCUUCACGGACAAGUGACUAUUGGGACCCUAAUUUUGCAGGAUUGUGCUGUUGGAUUGCUUUUUGCAUUACUUCCUGUUCUGGGUGGCACGUCUGGUGUUUUCCAAGGAGUGUUAUCCAUGACAAAGCUGUUGGUGACUUUGAUUGCAUUUCUCUCUGUUCUGUCAAUAUUGUCUCGUACUUGCCUCCCAUGGUUGCUUAAACUGAUGAUAAGCCUGUCAUCCCAGACAAAUGAGCUCUAUCAGCUGGCGUCUGUUGCCUUCUGCUUGCUUGUAGCCUGGAGUAGUGAUAAGCUGGGGCUAAGUCUAGAGUUAGGCUCCUUUGCGGCUGGAGUGAUGAUUGCAACCACUGAUCUGGCUCAACAUACACUAGAGCAAAUUGAACCUAUUCGCAAUCUUUUUGCUGCUCUUUUCCUAGCCAGCAUUGGAAUGUUGAUUCAUGUUCAUUUUCUCUGGAACCAUGUUGACAUUCUGGUAGCAUCUGUAAUUUUGGUGAUUGUCAUAAAAACAAUCAUAAUUGCUUCUGUUGUCAAAGGAUUUGGUUACAAUAACAAGACUUCAGUACUUGUUGGAAUGUCAUUGGCACAGAUAGGAGAAUUUGCUUUUGUUCUUCUCAGCCGGGCUUCUAAUCUUCAUCUAGUUGAGGGUAAACUAUAUUUGCUGCUUCUUGGGACGACAGCUCUUAGUCUGGUAACAACUCCUUUACUUUUCAAGCUAAUUCCUGCAGUAGUGCAUCUCGGUGUGCUAUUGAGGUGGUUCUCUCCUGACAGUUCACUGGAGAUCGGAUAUAGUAAGGUAGACAUCCUCCGCUCAGAAAGUGGGAAGCAGCGAAUAAUUUUGAUGGACCAAGAAUCUCAUGAUUCUUGAUAAGUGCUUUUAUUUUUUAUUUUUUGCAAGACAUUAAGCUUUGAUGGGGUUCUCCAAGGUGGUGUUGAUAAGAAUUUCACCUAACUGCAGUUUUUCAGAAUCAUCCAAACCUAAUCCACAAUCAAUUCUUGCAUACCAAACUAACCAAAUACUAACCAUCAUCCAAAUCCUCACAAGUGGAAUGAACAGGGGAGAGGACCAAAAAUCAACUAACAAGACGACGUACAGAUGAAGCCGUUUGAAAAUAUAUUCGUUACAUUGCUCCACUUACAUUCAUUUAUUUCCCACCCUUUCUUUUGUUCUUUUUUUUUGGCUCAUAAAUGUAUGAUAUGGUUCAAUGAGUAACCAUUCCCCUCCUUCCUUUAAGUGUAGUUUGAAUGUAUUCAAUAUUUCUGUUCUAGCAUCUGUGGCUGGGCUUUGUAUAUCUAACUAUCUAAGGCAGUUCCCGUUUUGUUUUGUUUCUCAAUGGUAUUUUUGAGAUGUGUUGUAUAAAUUAAAAUGACAUCUCGCUUAUAGGAGCAUUCUUAUUGCCAUGUCAAA